AUGAAGAAAAGUGAACCAGCUCACUCACUUCAAUUGAUCAUCAUUACUGAGAAUAAGGUGUCGGGAAAAUGUUCCUGUGUGGCUAGUGCUGGUGGCUUUUGUCAUCAUUUUAUUGGUUUGUUGUUCUACCUGGCACACCGGAAGCAACUAGGUUUUAAAAGCGUUCCCAAUGACCUAACAUGCACUAUGGUUGCUCAGAGAUGGAGUGUACCAAGGGCGGGACAGAUUGAACCCCAGUGUGUCGACAGUGUAUUGGGUAAAAAGCCGCAAGGGGGAGCAAACUACAACAAAUUUCUAAAAAGUACCCUAUACUCUCCAGCAAGGCAGUAUCCUUUGCUUGGCCCUGAAGAGAAAAAUAAGCCCAAAAGUCUCAAUCCUGAGCCUUUGCUAGUAGGUUUGUUAUCAGAAAAUCCUCUGAGCCUGGGAAGUAUACAGGCCCACUUUGGAAACUUACCAAAAGGUUCUGCAUUGUCCUACCAGCAAAGGCUCACAGAACAAUACAUUAUCAAUGACUACGGUCUGACAAAUUUCCUAGACCUACCACUGUCUGGCGCCAGAGAUUGCUUUGUAAACAGCUUGUCCAUCUGUAUAGAAAGGACCAAACUUGCAAAGUUACAAACAGUUACGGUCACAUUAGACAUGGCCCGCGACUUGGAACAUAAAAUACGAAAACAAAGCGAGAGUGGACUCUAACACUCAUUACGACAGAAGAGAAUAACUGCAAGUAAAUUCGGCAUCGUCGCAAAAAGAGUAUCAAAUUUUGAAACCCUUGUACAACAGCUUCAGCCUUCCAGGUACGUACAAUCAGCUGCCAUGAAACGUGGUAUCGAAAUGGAAGGAAGGGCAGCAUUUAUCUACGCCAGUAAAAAGAAAAAGGGCAUGGCCAAUGUAUACCCUUGUGGUCUUGUAAUAAACCCGAAAUGUCCUUGGCUGGGUAGUUCUCCUGAUAGAACAGUUUAUGAUAUAGAGGCUGCUCAAAAUGGUUCAUCAGACCCUUCUGGUUUGUUUGAAAGCAAAGUUGUUCAGGAGGGGGUGUUGAGUUUUGAUGCUGUU